AUGAGCAAAAAUCUAUUUAGAAGUAAAAAGAGUGUCGGCUUUAACGAAGUUAUGGCGACGUCCUACUCUAGUCCAACCAGUACUGAGCCAACUUACGCUUCAAAUAAUUUGGAAACUAGUUACCAACAAAGAUCAACAAACAUGUCAGAUCCUAGAGGAUCGAUUGGAAGUAAUUCUGGAAAAAAUCAUGUAGAUUUUCAUGUGAAAAGAGAGGAAGACAAAGUUAAGAAAACCAAAUAUCUUACAGCCAAGUACGGACAACAUCAAAUGAUGCUUAUAAGAAAAAGACUUGGUGUGGAAGAUUGGAUUUAUGACGAAUUAAGGAAAUUAUAUGGCUGUGAGAAUUUAAUUUCAUCUUCAUUAAAUGACAGAGUAUAA